AUGGUAGCGGACAAUCUCAUCAAGAUUGUACGAGGGCUGGACCAGAGCGGUCCAGGUGAGGAUGGCAAGAAUCUGGAUCUCCUCUGGACCAAACUGGUCGCAUCGUCAGACGACUCAUUCCACGCCGCCGAGGAGAGCACGCUGCGAUGGCUGCUCAAGUCCAUGAAUGGCAAUGCGACCACCGCCGAAGCCAUGCGCCGCCAUCCACUGACGUGGACCAUGCUCGACUGCGUUUUCACACGAAUCCCUCUAUUUUCUCUCGCCAAAUCUCUGGCGGACCGAAAAUUCGUCGCAGUUCUUCAACAAACACUGAAGGACAUCUCGAUCGUCGCCAGCGAUAACGAGCAGCACAUCGCCAAGAAGCGAAAGCGAUCGUCAAUGAUUCAGUUUGGAAGUGACGAGAUAAAACAGCCACACGGGCGCCUUGCUACUGCAAAGUCGUUGUUCGCUACGCUGAAUUCACUACUAAACCGCCUCGACGACGCGACCGCCGCGAUAGCCCGAGACAACAUUGGCGCCGAGCAUAUCAGGUCGCUGUUCUGUAUGUCGGCUGCAGACACUGCUGCCCUUCUGGCGCCCGCAUUUUCUGUCUGUCAGCUCCUGAUGAACACCGAAAUGUACGACAUUGAAGGCGCCGAAGAAUGGGUUGCAGUGGCGUCGUCGCUUUGGGACUUACACAUGCAGGGCAAUGACGACAUGUCCGAAAUCGCUAUCCGCCUGUUCACCAUACCGGCCUCCAUCUUGGCUUCUUUGGAAAACCUGUCAGAGAAUGGACACAUUAGCACUCCGACCACACUGAAAUCGAGAUGGAGCGAGGAUCUACAAGAAUUCCUCCAGCGCAACUUGAUUCUUCCCUGCAGAACGGCGUUCCUCAACAGACAAGAUUUUGUUCCCAUUACUCGUGCAUUGGAUGUAUCACAGGCAAGAAUUCAUAUGACGGCGCCUUCACUGUACUUUUUAGCGGCAAGGUCAUCAGAUACAAAUGCUGAGGGCGAAAGGCGGAAAAACACAGUCGAAUGGAUGAAGCGCGUCUUUGAAGAGGUGGAAACGGCGAUACAUGAUAGGCCAGACCGAAACAUUCUGAUCAAGCUAAUUAUUCGCCAAGCGAUCGAAGAGUCUAUACCUGUGGAUGUGAAGAACUUGCGAGAGAUUGCCCGCGGCUAUGUGUUGAAAAAUGAGCCCACAGAUUGGGCUUUGCUUGGCAGCAUUGUUGCGUGUGACCCGGCCGUAUUUCAGACCAGCGGAGAUGGUAGCGAUUUGCUGGCGUCGAUCUGCGACAAGAUUUCAAAGGCAUCGUCGACAGAGUCUCAUCAGCAAAUCGCCGAGGUCCUGGGUGCCAUACGGCAAAGCUUCGUAAUUCGACGCGAUCUAGUCGCAUUUUUGCAGCUGUGGUUCACAGAGCUAAGGAAGGUCGAGGAAAGCAAGAAAGAAGAACAAUCGUCGUGGUUCGGGGAGGGGCCAAAGAAAUACAAGAGUGAGUAUUUGCAUGACCUGAUCGAGAAGGAGUUGAGUGUGUCUCAGCUCUCCGAAUUUGUUAGCUGGCUCGAGUCACAAGGCACGCAAUCCAGCCCCAAGUCACUCUGCACGGUCAGCGACACUAUAUCCGAGGGCUUGAAACGAGAGACAUUCAUUGACACGGUUGGUCUACGACUAUUUCAAAUGACGUGGACUGCCUGCGCUGGGUUGACUGAUUUACCGGCCAGAUGGCGCAUUAGCUCAAAGACAAUGCGAUGGGCAAAGCCUGAUGAGAAGACCUCCAUAUGGCAGUCAUUGAAGGACAAAGUCAAGCACAUAUUAAAAAAGGGAGGCUUGGACGUCGCUGAGACAUUUGAAUGUUUCUGUUUCUGCUACAAUGCGUGGGACGCUUUAGCGACGGAUGCUGAUGCAGCCAAGGAACCCGCCAAACUGAUACAGAACUUCUCUGAGCGUCUCGCCAAGAACCUCAUGUCCGAGCCCUCAAUCAAGAAGAUUACAGUCCUAGACAGGACUGGCUCCGAGCUCAACACCUUUGACAAUGAGAUACCAGCGUCUUGCUACCUUGACGUCUUUCUUGCUGGCGGCAGCCGAUUCAACCGGUUAUUCUCAAUGGCAAGCGGCGGCGUCCCAGAGCCUUUAAAGAAUGCGACAGCCGCUUCUCAACUUGACCUCAAGGACAAGAAGGUACUUUGGCAAAAAGUUUUCCUGAAUGACAUGAACCUCAACGAAGCAAAGCUUGCGCGAACGUUGGUUGAUGAAGUCAUUGAAGCACUAGAGGUAUCCGGCAAAGAGAAAGGCUGGCCGGAUAGCGAUGCGACGCUUGUUCUUCAUAUCUUGAGCCGCAUUCCACUAGACAGCUUCAACCGUUGGCAACGAGAAAAAGUGAUGAACACGCUGAAUCUCAAUAGCGGUAAAAUGGUUAGAUCGCCGAAGAAGACGGCAUUAUUCUCGUGGAAGCAGGUACUGAGCCUGGCAACCAAGAUGAUGGCUCGGGCGACAUUCUACAGCGACAUGACGUUUGAUCACCUUGUUCGAUUGGCUGAGGCCGUUUCUGUCUGCGUCGUCAAAAACUCUGCCGGCGACGAAGAGACAUUAGAGGUUAUCGAGCGCUUUUCUCAGAUGGCGUCGGCGACCAUUCGACAAAUGGCAGAUCAGGUGGACGAGAGAAGUACAACAUAUUUUGGCGAUUGCUCUGCUUAUAUUGCCGCGGCAUCUGCAAGCAAGUUUGAGAACCUCUCUGGUCUUCAUUACUCCUUGCUCAAAUCUUUGAUUUCAGUUGUUGCGCGGUCACCUAACACGCACAACAACCAAGUACUUUCAGAACUUGUCGUUGAGGGCCAAGGUAUGCUGGCCAAAGCCAUUAUGUUUGCAAUCAAUCCUUUGAUCACUGCAGAGGCUCUUCCAGCUGAGCCUAGUUCGGAACAGAGAUUCUGUCUUCUAGCCGCCGCAGAUGCAGCGCCCUCCGCUGCGCCCUUGGCGCAAUUAUACAAGGGCAAGCCUGCAGCUGUGCAAACUUUUGCUGGAAACUGCACCAGCAGGAUGGCAGAGGGUGAUGUUCUCGCUUGGAAAGUCCAGACCCUGCUGCGCAAUGAACUGCCUGCGGCUCUUCAGCUGCCAGCACCCAAGACGUUUGAUGCGCUCUCACCUCUCCCGCAGAAGCUUCGGUCCCAGCUCCUACGCGACUUUGCCAGCUCCAUCACAAAGUCGCUGAGAGUGCAAGAAAAGAUGGCAUAUUUGCGAGACCUGAUUGAUGCAAUGCGCGCUGGCUGUUUCACAGACGGCCAGACCCUCGCGAUCCAAGAGGUUGUAAGCCAGAUUAUAGCGUCGCCAGAGUACACGGGCAAGUUUGACGGCUAUGAUCUUGCCGCGGCCUACAGCGAAAUUGUCACCGUUCUCAGCAAAGCCCCUGCGCCGGCCAACGUUCAUCUGUGCCGCACGCUGUACUCUGUUCUGGAGAAGAGACCGCAGGCAGUCAGCCAGUGGGAUGUCGAAGCCACGCUGAGCACAAUCUGCGAUCUCUCUCCCGCUCAAGAGUCUGACGAAACGCGGCUACCGUAUAUCUGGCUGUGCAGGCUCACUGACGUCAUUAUCAAGAAACACAGGCUGCGUAUUGAGGGCCACUAUCACUUGCUUCUGGUUGUCUUGGAAACACUGCUUGACCGACUCGUCAUCCAUGAACUCGCAGAUGAAGAGUGGUCGGCUUCUCAAGAGACAAAAGCGCACGCCUAUGCGCGCCUGAUUACACUGGUAUGCGAGCCUACAGCAGGCGCCGUAUCGCGCACGCAGCACCAAAGCUCUCUGGACUCGGCGACGGAUGCGGCCAAGCGCUCUGCUGGACGCCACAUGCACAUCAUCCUGAUGCAGUACGUAAAGUUGCAGCUUACGGAAAACGUGUCGCGACCAAUCCGCGAGGCGCUGGAGCCGGCGAUGAAUUCUAUAUUCGACAUUACGCCACCAGAGGGGCGCAAGAUUCUCAACGACGCCAUGGAUGCGAGUGGCAGAGCCAUCUUGCGCGAAAUGUUUAAGCGAUAUGUCAAGUUUGGUAAAUGGAGUGGCGUUUAA